AUGAGAGCCUCCGCCAAGUCUGUCUACAUCCCCUUUUUGCUGUACCGUGUGCUCACUAUAUCGUCUGCAUCUCACUCCAUAUCUGGCACUCUCGUCAUACUCGCCAUACAAAUCCUACUCUCACCAUACCCGCUCCUCGGCAACGGUGUCGCUACUGCUUCUUUCCUUCUCUCUUCCGAAUCUACUCAUCCUAAACGUACUCGUCUCGAACAGACUUUCGGCCAAUUCGGUACCCUUACCGACUGCAUCGUCAUGAAAGACCGAGAUACCGGCCGAUCUCGAGGUUUCGGCUUCGCCACCUUCAGUACCCCUCAAGAGGCUGAAGCUGCGAUCGCCGCUAUGAACGAACAAGACCUCGACGGCCGACAAGUCCGAGUCAACCUCGCCAACUCUCGAGGUGGUGGUGGUGGUAGCUAUGGUGGCGGUGGUGGUGGUUACGGGGGAGGUGGUGGAUUCAGCAGUAACGAUGGAGGUUAUGGUGGCAGUGGGGGUGGGGGUGGUGAUGGCACUUGGUAG